UCUUUGGCUUCCCUCUCCAUAAAAGAAAAAGAAAAGACUGCAUUGCGUUUUCCCUGGGAGAAGCCUAGCCAUUAGCCAACGCACGUGGUCUCUCUCUUUCUCUCAGAAAAUCAAGCCCCAAACGGUGUCGUUUUCUAGGAACAUUACAUCGCGGUCGCUGCGGUGCGGUAAGAGAGAAAGAGAGAGAGAGUUGUGAUGUGGAAAGGUUGAUCCCAAAUGCACCCGUACAACCGGCUACCGAGCAGUGGCCACUCGACGCCGUCGCCGCCGCCGUCGCCGCUCCGGUCGCCGAGGCUACGCCACAGCCGGUCCAAGACCGGGCGGUUCUCUCCCAACCGGGGGGGCGGUCGGACCGCCGCGCAGCGGCUCAGCUGGAUGUUCCUUUCGGUUCUGCUUCGGCGACAAGGCGUUUUCCUCUUCGCUCCUCUCAUCUACAUCUCCGGCAUGCUCCUCUACAUGGGAACCGCCUCGUUCGACGUCGUUCCGGUCAUCAAGCACCGCCCUGCGCCCGGCUCCGUCUACCGUAGCCCUCAGCUCUACGCCAAGCUUCGCCUCGACAUGGAUUCCGAUAAUUCCUCCGCCGAUGCGAUAUCAACAAUAUGGAAGAGUCCAUAUAGAGGUGGUGAGUGGAAACCAUGUGUGAACAGAUCUUCAGAAGGCCUACCUGAAUCAAAUGGAUACAUAUAUGUUGAGGCUAAUGGUGGGUUAAAUCAGCAGAGGACAUCAGUAUGCAAUGCAGUUGCUGUGGCUGGCUAUCUUAAUGCUACCCUUGUGAUCCCCAACUUUCAUUAUCAUAGCAUAUGGAAAGAUCCCAGCAAAUUCAGGGACAUAUAUGAUGAAGAAUAUUUUAUCAAAAUCUUAAAAAAUGAUGUACGGGUGGUUGACAAGAUUCCUGAGUACCUAAUGGAAAGAUUUGGCAGCAACAUGACAAACGUUCACAAUUUCAGGAUCAAGGCAUGGUCAUCUAUUCAGUAUUACAAAGAUGUGGUACUCCCUAAGUUACUUGAAGAAAAGGUUAUAAGGAUUUCGCCUUUUGCAAAUAGAUUGUCAUUUGAUGCUCCACCAGUUGUCCAGCGUCUAAGAUGCUUAGCAAAUUAUGAGGCUUUACGGUUUUCAAGUCCUAUAUUGACCAUAGGUGAAACUUUGGUUGAAAGAAUGAGAAAACGUAGUGCCAUUAAUGGUGGCAAAUAUGUCUCCGUACAUCUUCGUUUUGAAGAGGAUAUGGUUGCUUUCUCUUGUUGCGUUUUUGACGGUGGAAAACAGGAGAAAGAAGACAUGGUUGCUGCUAGAGAAAGAGGCUGGAAAGGGAAAUUUACAAAACCUGGAAGAGUUAUUCGUCCAGGGGCAAUCAGGAUCAAUGGGAAGUGUCCCCUUACCCCAUUAGAGGUUGGCCUUAUGCUUAGGGGAAUGGGUUUCACGAAGAACACAUCUAUCUUUUUGGCAUCUGGGAAAAUAUAUAAUGCUGACAAAACAAUGGCUCCACUACUUGAAAUGUUCCCUAAUUUGCAUACUAAGGAUACUCUGGCUUCUGAAGAGGAACUUGCUCCAUUUAAGAAUUAUUCUUCCAGGAUGGCUGCCAUAGAUUACACUGUUUGUCUUCACAGUGAGGUGUUUGUUACAACUCAGGGUGGCAACUUCCCUCAUUUUCUGCUGGGCCACAGAAGAUACUUGUACGGGGGACAUGCUAAGACAAUUAAACCUGAUAAGCGGAAGUUAGCAUUACUGUUUGAUAAUCCCAAUAUAGGAUGGAGAAGUCUCAAGCGUCAACUGCUUAGCAUGAGGUCGCAUAGUGAUUCGAAGGGAGUUGAGCUCAAAAGACCGAAUGAUUCUAUAUACAGCUUUCCAUGCCCAGAUUGUAUGUGCCGUGCCAAUAGAACCGAUGAUUCAAGAUCUUCAUCAGCAACUUGAUCUACUCACAGAAUAUGAUGGUGUCUCGGUUCCCUACGAUUUUGUGAGCAUGCCUUGCUGCUGACUGUAUUUCUGAUAUUGUGAUUGUUUCAUUUUUUCCCCUUUCCAUUUGAUGGGAGGGCAAACACUCCAUUUUCGGAGGUCAAAGGAUUUUGUUGAAGGUCUCAUUGAUCUGAUUAUCUAUUUGGAUUGAAUUUCAAUGGAGUGGCAUCUUUUUUGUGCAUGAUGCCAAUUCAGAACAGAAUGGAAACUGUUCCUUUGCGGGAAUCUCUUCCAGAACCAGAACAUUGACAGAGCCAUGUUUCAUAUAUGAAUGAGCACCUGCUGUAUCGAACAAGUUGUUUAAAGAGCUAAAGGGAAAACUCAUGUUCCUUCACACCCUGCCUGUACAUUACCUGGACUACGAUAUUCAUGUGUUAAGGCUGUAGCAAGCUCUCUGUACAUUUACAAAAUUUCAGGGUGUCUCGCCAUACUAUUUUAUUGUUCUGUUUUAGAUUUUUUUUUUGUUCCUGUUUCAAUUUUGUAUUUUGUUGACCCUCCUAUUGAGGGUCCCAUUGUUAGCUACGUAGGUGUAUGGCUGUACGCAUUUGUUAUUCUUUUACAUUGGUGCCCAUUGUUUUGGUGAUGAUACCAGUGGAUGUAAUUAGUUCACCAUUCAUAUUUCAUACCAUAUCACACAAUGAUAAAACCCUGCACCAACAA